UGUUUGCUGUGAUUUGUCGCUAUAUACAAUGAAUUGAAUAUACAGCUUUGUGUGACUGUAACACCUUUUCGGAUUUUCCUGACAGCUCCUGAAUCCGCCGGAUUCUGAGGGCGGUGGUCCGUCCAGCAGGUGGCGCCACACAGUCUGUGGAGUCAAAUGUGAGGGUGACGUUUCUGAUUUCGGCUGCAAACCCUACAAAAAUCCUUCCCCGUAUUUCUGUCUCUCGGAGUGAGUCAUCUUUCUUACAGAGGAUCUUUGCGCCGCUGGUCCUCGGCAGCAGCUCAGAGUGAGUCAUCCCGCUCACAGACGACCUCUGUGGGCGCUUCCUCAGCAGAAUGGCAGGCAACGCGUGGAGGUCACUGCUGACCCAGGCGGUCGGGGUGGCAGUCAGAAAACCGGUCCAGUCUUCAGCCUCCUUUUCAAGAGGGAUGAAAAUGGUCACCAUGAUUCCCGGUGAUGGAAUCGGUCCAGAGAUCUCUGCCGCUGUCAUGAAGAUCUUUGAUGCAGCAAAGGCUCCGAUCACAUGGGAGGAGAGGAAUGUGACGGCGAUAAAGGGACCCGGUGGCAGAUGGAUGAUCCCUCCUGAUGCCAAAGAGUCCAUGGACAGUAGCAAGAUCGGCCUGAAAGGACCCCUGAAGACACCCAUCGCUGCAGGCCACCCCUCCAUGAACCUGCUGCUCAGGAAGACCUUUGACCUUUACGCCAACGUGAGGCCCUGUGUCUCCAUUGAGGGCUACAAGACGCCGUACACCGACGUCGACCUGGUCACCAUCCGUGAGAACACGGAGGGCGAGUACAGCGGCAUCGAGCACAUGAUUGUCGACGGCGUCGUUCAGAGCAUCAAACUGAUCACUGAGAACGCCAGCAGACGCAUCGCUGAGUACGCCUUCGAGUACGCCAGGAACAACAAAAGAACGAGCGUGACGGCCGUCCACAAAGCCAACAUCAUGCGGAUGUCAGACGGUCUCUUUCUGAGAAAGUGUCGUGAAGUGGCUGAAAACUACAAAGACAUCAAGUUUACUGAGAUGUACCUCGACACCGUGUGCCUCAACAUGGUUCAGGAUCCGACCCAGUUUGACGUCCUGGUCAUGCCCAACCUGUACGGAGACAUCCUGAGUGAUCUGUGUGCCGGUCUGAUCGGAGGACUCGGCGUCACUCCCAGCGGGAACAUCGGAGCCAACGGAGUCGCCAUAUUUGAAUCGGUCCACGGCACCGCGCCCGACAUCGCCGGCAUGGACCUGGCGAACCCCACCGCCCUGUUACUGAGCGCCGUCAUGAUGCUGCGUCACAUGGGUCUGCACGACUGUGCCAACAAGAUCCAGACGGCCUGUUUCGACACCAUCAAAGAUAAGAAGGUGCUGACGAAGGACCUGGGAGGAAGUGCGAAGUGCUCCGAGUUCACCGCCGAGAUCUGCCGUCGCAUCCGGGAUCUGGACUGAAGCUGCAGGGCGGAGGCCGCUGCUGGAGCCCCACCACCACCUGUCCCGCUGACUGGGCGGGGCCUCUUCAGCAGCUUCCUGUGUCGUUAACAUUCACAGCAAGCGUAACGCACAACUUUGACCAAGAAUGAGAGGAGAGUUUCUUACUGUACGCACGGUGAUAUCAGUGCUUCGCUCUGUUUGCAUAUUCCUUAUCGUAUUUUUUUAACAAUAGUUCUGCAGGUGACCUCUUAUUUAUUGUUUCCUCUUCCUGUUACUGCUUUCUUCACACCGACUCACCCAGAAAUAUAAAAGUCCUAAAAUGGGAGCUGUCUCCUCUCUUUGUAACACUUCAGACAUGCCGACACAAACACGCAGCUUCCAUUCGCAGCAUCGGCUCCGGGAACACUGGUUUUCAUAUGGAGUGAUUCAGAAAUCGUUCAGUUUCCUGUUAAAGUGCAGCAGGAAUAACAGCGGGAUCAGAGAAGACUUCAU